UUGCUAACGGCUAGUUUUCUCUACUUCAUCUCUUUCUACUUUCAACGUCACAACCUCUCUCCUGCCUUCCACACUCUCCCCCAAUCUACCUUCAAACUAGAUCAAUUUUCCUUUUGUUGAUUUCUAGGGUUCCUCCAAUUGAAUCGUUUCCCCCAAUUUUCCCCCCAAAACUCCUCAAAAUGAGCCCAACAAUGGCGUCGGAAAACCCUAAACCCCAAUCAUCAUCAGAAAUUUCAACUCCAAUGCCGACAAAUCCCCUAAAUCCUCGACGAUCUCGACCUAGGGUUCGUGAAGUGAGCUCAAGAUUCAUGUCGCCGGUGCCAAAAUCUCCGAUGAUCCCUAAACAAAUUCCGUCAACACCGGCGGAAUCUCACCUCCCUAAAAAUCAGUCUCUCCGACGAUCCAACACCGAUUUUCGAGCUCCACAUUCGCGUUACGCUGAUGAAAAUCGGCCCGAUUCCUUGAACCGGAGCUCCUUUAGUCCGGUGAGAACCUCCUCCAAACCCCGGGCUGCUAUUAAGCUUUUUAAGGAAGGUUCUAGAACCGACACUCCGGUGCCUGCUCCGGUGGGUCCCAGACUUAUCCGACAACGGAGUUGGGACACGGCCGCCUCGAAGUUGCUUCAAGCCAAUGGGAUGAAUAAUGAUGCUAAUGAUGCUAAUUAUAAUGAUGAUGAUGAUGGUGAUGGUGAUGGUGAGUCAGUGAAAUCAGAGCCUGUUGAUAAUAACAAUUGUGGUGGUAGAGUUUCGACGCCGUGUUCUAGGUCAAUGGAGUUUACAUUUUCCAAUCAUGAACAACAACAACAGAUGAGUGUAUUGCAUUCUAUUAAGGGUGGUAGUAUGAACAAGGUGGCGCGUAGUCUUCACCUUCCGCCGAUGCCUCCUCCUGGAUUAGCGAACUCGAGGCCUCAUACGAUGGAGGGGAAGAAGGUGGUGAUGAGGAAGGGUGGCUCAAACCAUCAAGAUGAUGUACAUCGGCUUAAGUUGCUUCAUAAUCAUUAUCUUCAAUGGAGGUUUGCUAAUGCUAAGGCUCAAACAUGCUUCAAUUCCCAGAAGAAGCAAAGUGAGAGAAUGCUUUAUUCAUUGGGAGUAAAGAUAUCGGAGCUGCAGGAUUCUGUGAAAAGCAAGCGUGUUGAUUUUGGACUUCUAAAAGAAGCAAAAACUCUAUCUGCAGUUCUUGAUGCUCAGAUGCCUUCUUUGGAUGAAUGGUCUGCUUUGGAAGAAGAUUACACGACUUCAUUGUUGGAGUUAACGCAAGGUUUGCAGAUUAUAUCAUCCCGUCUUCCACUCAAUGGUAAUGUAAAGAUUGAUAUAAAAGAGAUAAAUGAAGCGAUGAAUUCAGCCUUAAAGGUGGCAGAAAGCAUCUGUUCGCAAGUGCAAGGCUUUGUGCCCAAGGCAGAGCAAGUGGAUGUUCUAAUUUCUGACUUGGCGAGAGUACACAGUGGAGAAGUUACGGUUGUUCAAGAGUGCGGAGAUCUAUUGUUGAGAACACAUCUAUCACAGGUAGAGGAGUGCAGCUUAAGAGGACAAGUCAUGCAAUUUCAGAAAUGCAAUCUUACUGGAUCUAAUUGAAGACCAACCUAAUAUAGUUCUUCACUAACACACCGGGCUUAGUUCAAUAGUUGGCUGUGGAAUGCUGCCUUGGCUGACACGCUAGACUCCACAGGACGAGCUGGCUUUUGAAUGGUUAAAACAACUUGGCUCACACACCAGAGACCAGACUCUAUAUUAAGUACAACGGAUUGCUGUCGGAUUCUCUCACACGACAGACUCUAUUGCACUUCAAGCAGGUUACCAUCAGAUUCACUCGCAUGCCAAACUCUAUAGUCAGUUCAAGCAUGUUGCUGUCCGAUUGUUCACAUGCCAGACUCCGCAGUCAGUUCUAGUAGAUUGCUGUCGGAUGGUGACGUUUGUGCACGUGCCAGACUCUAUAGUUGGCUGCUGGAUGGUGAUCUGAACAGUUCUAACUUCCACCUAUUGUAUGUAAUCAUUCUUUUGCCGCGUCCAGCCAAAUGAGGUUUUCGGAGGGUACACCAAGCCACCAAGAGAGAAAAUAUGGUGCACGAUACUGUACAAGACUUGUAAAUAUGGUCGCAAAAAAUUGCUGUAUAAGAAGACUUAUUCAUAACAAACAGGCCUUGUCAAUAUGUCCUUAUGAGUUGAAACACUAUGGCUUAUUCAUAGAAGACGUAUGUCUUUUCCCGCUAUGUUAUGUACUUUAUUGUUAGGCGACAAGAUUUGUUCAUAAAGUACUUAUAGGUUAUGUUAUUACAUACUACUACUUAAUAUUAGAAAUUAACAAGAA